UUGGGAGCAACAUUCGUUCAACAAUCAGCAACAAGUCAAAGCUUGAAAGCAAAAACCGAAGCAACUUAAAAAAAAAAAAAUCAUUUAAUAUUAUCACAAGCAUAAAGUGAAAAUUUCCCAAAAAGAGACUUACACGUAUAUAUUUACAUAUAAAAAGUAAUUUAUAUUUUGGAAAUUUGUGUUCGUGUUUAAUUAAAAAAAUAAAGUUAAAAACAAACCGAAACGAUGAGCAACAUUGUGAAGCAAAGUUGUCGCUUGUGCCAAACGGCUGGCAAGCAAAUAAAUUUUUUUCCAAAUCCUUGGAAAACUGCCGCUCCAGCCUUCUCGACAUCGUGCGCAUGCAAUCAAACCAAUGCCGCCUAUAAAACGGAAAGCCCUGCUGUGGUAUUCUCAAGGAAAGUGUUUUCUAAAGUCACACUCAAGAAAUUAACCGGUCGUCCACAAAUAACCGAAGAUCCCUGGAAACCAUGGCCAAACAGUGUUAAUCCACAUACUGGCGAAAUUGGCGGUCCAUCUGGACCGGAGCCAACACGUUAUGGCGAUUGGGAAAGAAGAGGACGAGUAUCAGAUUUCUAGUCGUCCGUAGUGUUUUUCCUUUAAGAGUCUAGCUUUUAAGGCUUAGUAAGAUAUAACAAUUUACAGCGAACAAUGCAUAUUGUGUUGGGGCAAUAUUUUUGUACAUACAUAGGUACAUAUAUAAGCGAUUUAGACUGAAUAAGUACUUUAAUUUAUAUAUUUUAAUAAAAAUCAAAAAUUAUUUUAUGUAAAAAAUUGAAGAAAACUUAAA